AAUAAACGAGAAAAAAAUAAAUAAAGAAGAACACUCAAAACACAUAAUUAAACAACCAUUGGCCAGAGCGAUGGGGAUUCGGCGUCAAACGAACGAACUGAACCGAACCGAACCGAAUGAACAAACAAACAAACAGACGAAAAGACACACACACAAAAAUGAAACAAAACAGAGCCUCAAUCUUACAUUGUCUUUUGAUGAUGAAGCUUCGGAAUGGGUGAAACUAUGUCAUUCAAAACGCAUCAAUGAAACAAAAAAAAAAGAGAUUCAAUUCAAUUCACUUUUCCAAUGCUUUUACUCAUGUUGCGCUCAUGUGUGUAGACAUGUGCAUGUGUGUUUGUGUGAUGUUUAUUCAUUCUUUUUGUCGUCCGCGCUAACUUAAUCAAUAAUCGAGAGUUGUAAAAAUGUGUAAAUGAAUGUGUCAAAUUCGGUAUCAUUUCGUGAGUGAGAGCAAAAAAAAAACCACAUACAACAUACACCAAGAAUAAGAAUUGAACACUAAAAUUCGACUUUUCCCAUUUCAAAGGUCAUACCGGGUCAUCGAUGAGCACUAACUGUCGAAGUGCUCUCGGUCAGAUUUAUCAAAAGAUGAAUUGAAUGAAACGAGCGAGAAAAAAGAACAUGAAUAUAUGGAAUGCACACGCAUACAUGAAGAAAAAAAUUGAUGUAAAUAAAUAGAUGAAAUGAAGAAAACAGAAUAAAAAUGAAAACCGUAUCGAAUUCUAGACCGCCGAGCGUCACAAGUCCAUAGGCGCCAAAUCAGCUGAUUUUUUUUUGAUCUUCAUAUGUAUACACACACACCCGAAACACCGAUGAGAGAGAGAGAGAGAGAGAGGGCAAUCUUUGUGUCUCUCUCGCACUCACGUUCGUGUGCUCUCGAUUAUACUCUGUCGGCGCGCUCCAAUAUCCCAUCUACACCGAGUGGCGCUCGAUGAUGAUGAUCAAGUCACCUCGUGUCAUUUGAACCGAACAGACUCAUAACUUACAAUAAGUUUUUAUCUAUUAUUUAUUCGAACCAAAAUUGUGAUAUGCAAGCAACACGCUGCUACAGUGUGGAUCAUAGAGUAGUUUUAGAGCGAAGAAAAAAAAAUGAAAAGAAGAGUAAUAAUACGAGAAAGACACACACGAACUGAAAAAAAACAGCAACAAAUGACACACGGGCACACAUUUGAACGGAGAAACAAACAGCAAAAAUAAAUUAUUCAAAUCCGCUUGAUAAAUAGUAAUGCAACGCGCGAUCGCGAAACCGAAGAUGAACACGCCAAAUGCGAAACAACUGGAAAAACAAACAUCAUCAUGAGCAGCAGCAGCAACAUGAUUGCGUGGGCCUAAGAUCAUUUGUGCGUUUUUUUUGCAUUGCAUUUGCUGAUAUUUUGUGUGUUCUAUUUAUGCUUUUUCCCUAUGCAACAACAACAACAACCGAAAAAAAAAUCCGUAAGACGCCACUCGAUAUAUACGUACAUAAACAAAGUGCGCAGACUACAACUGGCGCUAGCUCGCGCUCUCUCAUUUUUAUCAAAUAAAAAAGGACAAAUCAAUUGAAUUCGAAAGGGAAUUGAAAACAAACAGAGUCUCAGCGUGCUGCUGCUGCUGUUCGUACUGCUGCUAUUGAAGCACACAAGCAGCAGAGAACCGAACAGAAUGACAAAAAAAUGUAACACCAAAGAAAUAUAUAACAGAAAAUUGAUACACAUAUUCUUUUCGGUGUUUUCGAUUUUGUGAAUGCGCCACACAAGUUUUUCGUCUUUCGCGCGCCGCGCCACACACCAACCAACCACUCUCGUUCGCACUAUUGCUCGAUUUAGACUCGAAAUUGAGUGUGUGUGGAUACGUAGACGGACGAGUUCGUUUGUUAAACGAUUUCACGUGAAAUUCGAUAUGGUUUGAUCAUACGCCAAGUGAAAAGUGAUUCCCGUGUGCGAUAAUUUGAAAUUGUAUACCCUCAUUUGUGAUGAUUUUAUCAUUUUCGAUCUUUGUUUUUGCUGUUUUUCGGUGUGUCGAUUUGUAUAAUUUGCCUACUUCUUUGGAAUAAUUUUACAGCAUUACUCUACCCAUUUAUCAUUUGCGAAUCAUCAUCAUCGCGGCGCUUACACUGGAAUUGGCGCUUCACAUUCGUUGAGUGUGUAUCUCUUUUUCUCUUCGUUGUGUGUGUGUGUCUGUAUCGCACAAUUUUCCCUUCAAAACACACCACACAAUUGAGACCAAACAACCGAACGUUUAUUUGGGAACCGAACCGCAUAUUAGAUUUUUAUUGAAAAUACACCGAAAUUUAAUAAAACCGCCAACCUGGAACUAAUGGAAUUGGAGAAUAUUGUGGCCAAUACGGUCUACCUCAAAGCGAGAGAAGGAGGAUCUGAUAGCAACAAAGGCAAAAGCAAAAAAUGGCGAAAAAUUUUACAGUUCCCACACAUAUCACAGUGCAUACAUCUCAAAGACAAAAUAGACGAAUUGUCUCAUUGCUCCAUUUCAGAUGUAAGUUACGAUUAUGUUAUAGAUCAACAACCCAUUGGAAGAAUAUUAUUUCGAAUGUUUUGUGAAAACAAAAGGCCGCUCUACUAUAGAUAUAUUUCCUUUUUGGAUAAUGUUACCAGAUAUGAGAUCGAGUAUGAUGAGAAUCGCCUGGAAAUUGGAUGGGAUAUUGGGAGGCGUUUUCUUGGCAUCGAAUGUGAACACAAUACAAUUAAUAAUACCCGAUGCGAUACGAAUGCGGUAAAAGAUAGUCAUGAUGAUGUUGUAUUACAAUUUGCCGACACCGAUGAUCAUAGCAAUUGUGAACGACAGAAUAGCACCGAUGCAAAUGCACAAGAAACCACAACAACACCACCAGCAACAACAAAACCAGUCUCAAACACAACCAACUACAGCACAACCAGCUCGAACAAAUUAUCCAAAGAUGAAAAUGUGAAUGCGGCGAAUUUGAGCAAUGAUGCCGACAAUGUGGUCAGCAGUAGAAGCAGUCAUGCAAAUGACAACAAUAAAGACACAUCGAAAGAAACAAACUUGAACUGUGAAAAGGAUGAACUGGUGUUAGAUGUUUUAAAUGACGAUCUCAUAGAAAAGGUUCGAGUGAAAAUUUCAUUAGGCAGUAAGGAGGUUUUUGAACCGUGUGUUACCGCAGUUAAAUCAUUUCUAGCUGGAGAACCAUUUAGCGAAUUCGAAUCAUCGAUGUAUUUUCAUAGGUAUCUUCAAUGGAAGUGGUUAGAAGCUCAACAAGUUACAUAUAAAACCUUUCGCAUGUACCGUGUACUUGGAAAAGGUGGAUUUGGUGAAGUGUGUGCAUGCCAGGUUCGCGCCACUGGCAAAAUGUACGCGUGUAAAAAAUUAGAAAAGAAACGUAUUAAGAAACGUAAAGGUGAAUCGAUGGUAUUAAUUGAAAAACAAAUUCUACAAAAAAUCAAUUCGAGAUUCGUGGUUAAUUUGGCUUAUGCAUACGAAACGAAAGAUGCACUCUGUCUCGUAUUAACAAUUAUGAACGGUGGUGAUUUAAAAUUUCAUAUUUAUAAUAUGGGUGGCGAUCCGGGUUUUGAGUUAGUUCGCGCUAGAUUCUAUGCAGCCGAAGUUGUGUGCGGUUUAGAGCAUUUACAUCAACAAGGAAUCGUUUAUCGCGAUUGUAAGCCCGAAAAUAUUCUACUCGAUGACCAUGGUCAUGUGCGCAUUUCCGAUUUGGGCCUAGCCGUUGAGAUUCCCGAAGGUGAAAUGGUACGCGGACGUGUUGGUACUGUUGGAUAUAUGGCGCCAGAGGUUAUAGAUAAUGAAAAAUAUUCAUUUUCACCGGACUGGUUCAGUUUUGGAUGUUUACUGUAUGAAAUGAUCGAAGGACAAGCACCAUUUCGACUGCGCAAAGAGAAGGUUAAACGAGAAGAGGUCGAUCGGCGAGUUAAGGAGGAGCCAGAGAAAUAUUCGCACAAAUUCAGCGAUGAAGCCAAAUCACUGUGCCAACAACUAUUAGCAAAGACUGUGAAAACUCGCCUAGGUUGUCGAAAUGGACGCUACGGUGCACGUGAGGUGAAAUUGCAUAACUUUUUCAAUUGUAUCAAUUGGAAACGUCUUGAUGCUGGAAUGGUGGAACCACCAUUUGUGCCAGACCCACACGCAGUUUAUGCGAAGGAUGUAUUAGAUAUAGAGCAAUUUUCGACGGUUAAAGGUGUCAAUUUAGAUGCAUCAGAUGAGAAUUUUUAUUCAAAAUUCAAUACGGGCUCUGUGUCGAUAUCGUGGCAAAAUGAAAUGAUUGAAACGGAAUGUUUCAGCGAAUUGAAUGUAUUUGGUGUGAAUGACAAUCCGACGCCGGAUUUACUAUUAAACGCACAACCAGUUGUUGAUAAGCCCGGCUGUUUUCCAUUUAGACGGAAGAAAAAGCAGCCAGCAAGAAGUCGACCGGUGCCGAUACCCGAACACCUAUUGACUACUAGCGAAUCGAGACGGAUAGCCAAAGUUGAAAGCUGAUAACUUCCCAACGAUUUUAUUGAACAAAUUUAAUCAAUACCAAUGAAAUUGUUUGUUUGUUAUAGAAAAAACAAGAAGGAGAAAUGUCUUAUACACAUUAAUCCAUUCUAUUUGAAUAAAGAAGGAACAAAAAUAUUACAUUAGAACAAAAAACGCCCAGCAACACACUGUUUUCUGCACACAAACAAAAAAAACACAAAAUCAAAAAUAAAAACGACAAAAAAAUACAAUUAACUUUUAAUCAAUGUAUUCUAAAUUCAUGUGCAUACAAAAAUCGAAUUUCAUUUUUUUCUCACAAAAAAAACGGUCAUUUGUGAAUAGGCACCAGCCAAUUGUGUACCCACUUCCAAUAGAUCCGAGACAAAGACUUCGUUUUGUAAAGAAUUUUUCCUGUCGAAAUAAACACAUUUUAUUCACCAA